AUGGAGUCCAGAUUUAAAGACACCCAAGCUGACAUCAAGGCCAUAAAGGGCCAUAUCUUGAACACCAUUGGCAAUGCACCUCCCACGGUUCUCUUCCUUGAUAAUCCACCACCAGAUAAUGCCAAAAUAUGGGAGAAGUUCAACCUGUGGAAGAAGAAAGGGAUUGAAGAUGGUCUCUACAUUGAGCCACAAAAAGAUUUGGUUUCAGCAGUUGUUAAACCAACAACCACCACCUCAAUGACAACAACUGCUAGUUCAACAUACACCACUCAAACACCUGACCUCACUAAAUCAUCCACCACCACUUCAACCACAUCAUCAACCAUCAAAUCAUCACCUGCCACUAUGCAGAAGACUUCUACUGACACAUCAGUAGUUGUAAUGACACCUCAAUCUUCCAUCCAAACAGCUAUUGUAACUCUUGUUGUAUCAACAACUGUUGGUACCUCAGUGGUUUCAGCAGUUGUUAAACCAACAACCACCACCUCAAUCACAACAACUGCUACUUCAACACACACCACUCAAACACCUGAUUUGACUAAAUCAUCCACCACCACUACAACCACAUCACCAACCAUCAAAUCACCACCUUCCACUAUGCAGAAGACUUCUACUGACACAUCAGGAGUUAUACAAAAGCCAAUCACUGAUAUUGCUCCUGCAGGUGUUCAAUUUCCUCUAGAACUUAUUGCUGUCAGAGAAGAGAUCAAAUCCUUCUACUAUGAGGAUGAUCCUGCAAAAAGGAGUUUUCCAUCUGUUGAAGGAUAUCCUAGGCCUAAUAAUAUUGAUGAAUAUUUAAAAUUAAAGGCCAAACAAGCAGAGGAUAUUUCUAAAAGAGAAUCAACAGGGAAGUCUGACAAAGAAUUUCAAAGGCACUACCAAUUUAUGCUUACUCAAGUCAGUUCCCUGGAACAAUUUGCAAAGAAUGUUUGUCAAAAAUUAUCAGAAAGAGCAGAUAAAUCUCUGAGAAAAGACUAUGUUGAGAAUAUCAUGGCUCACAAGAAGUAUAAGUGA